AUGACCGAAGAGACACAGGCCAGAAAACCCCUGGAAUUUGAUGGGGUCCAGCUUGUCGAAUAUUUUCAAAAUCUCAUCGAUUACGAGGUGGAAUUUGAGCCGGAAAACCCAAAUUUCCGAUGUCUCUUCCAGAGGGCGCACGUUUUGAAUGCCUCAAAAGUGUUGAUCCUUAUCGAAAUUGUUGUCACGUUUCUCUACAUGAUUGUCACAUUUCCGUGGUGGUUCCUGUGGAUUUUCUUUCACUUGCCGAUUCUUCUCGCCUCCAUUUAUGCCAUAAAAAAGGAGAACCCGACGGUGCUUUUGGUCAAGCUCGGUUUUAUGCUUCUCUAUAUCGGGCUUUUUGUGUCGCUCCUGAUUCUGAGCUUCGUCAUCUCCGGCUUCAGCUCGCAAAGUUUUUUGGGAAUAUUUGGAGUUGGCACGAUCGAGAGCACUUUUUUUGCGACUGCUCUUAUCGGCAUUUAUCAAAAUCGGCAUGAUCAUUGCCCUUCUCAUCCUCUACUGGCGCUUCACCGUUUUUUGGACGUUGAAGAAUUAUUUUGUGGCAAAACGCUCCGACGAGGUCGAUCUGUCCGACACCAGCGAAAGGACGUUGUUGCAGAAGAUGUUGACCCCGACGCGAAAGCUUACCGGAAACCCGAGGAUCGUCACAAACGCCUCCAUCGGGGCGUAGCCGGAGAUGAACACGGGUGCCACCAGGGAAUAGCUGUUGGA